AUGAUCGCCAACGUGAGAAUUCUACUGCCGCUCCUCUGCAUGGCUCUGUCCCAUCUGGCUGCCGGCCAGGAGUGCAGCGGUCAGUGCUUGUGCCCAUCCACGCCCCCCCAGUGUCCUCUGGGCGUCAGCCUGGUCCUGGACGGGUGCGGAUGCUGUCGUGUCUGUGCCAAACAAAUGGGAGAACUGUGCACGGAAAAAGACGUCUGCGACCCACACAAAGGCCUCUACUGUGACUUUGGAGCACCCAUCAACAGGAGGAUCGGCGUCUGCACCGCUCGAGAUGGAGCCACGUGCGUCUUCAACGGCAUGGUGUACAAGAGCGGCGAGAGCUUCCAGAGCAGCUGUAAAUACCAAUGCACAUGUCUAGAUGGCGCUGUUGGCUGUGUCCCCCUGUGCUCCAUGGACGUCCGCCUGCCCAGUCCGGACUGCCCCAUGCCCAGGCGCAUCAAAGUCCCUGGGAAGUGCUGUGAGGAGUGGGUCUGCGAUACUCCCAAGUACCUGGACCCCUUCAUGGGAUCGGUGCUGCCUGCUUACCGUCAGGAGGAGACUUAUGGCCCAGACUUCUCGUUGAUGCGGGAGAACUGCCUGGUCCAGACCACCGAAUGGAGUGCCUGUUCCAAGAGCUGCGGCCUGGGCAUCUCAACCCGAGUGACCAACGACAACCGCGACUGCCGCCUGGAGAAGCAAACCCGACUGUGCAUGGUGCGGCCCUGCGAGUCCCAGAUGGAGCAGAGCAUCAGGAAAGGCAAGAAGUGCAUUCGUACACCGCGAGUCUCCAAACCCAUGAAGUUCGAGAUCUCCGGCUGCACCACGACCAAAUCCUACCGUCCCAAGUUCUGCGGGGUGUGCCUGGACGGACGCUGCUGCACCCCCCACCGGACCACCACCCUGCCCAUGGAGUUCAAGUGCCACGACGGCCAGGUCAUGAAAAAGCACAUGAUGUUCAUCAAGUCGUGCGCCUGCCACCACAACUGCCCCGGCGAGAACGACAUCUUCGAGUCCAUGUAUUACAAGAAGAUGAUCGGCGAUAUGGCGUGA